AUGGAUUCCAUCAUGGGGUCACUGGGGUCCUGGAUCCAGGAGGGCCCGCUUCGACCCAUGGCUCCCCUGGGCGGUGAUGAUCUGAGGCUGGUGAAUGGAAGCAGUCCCUGUGCUGGGAGAGUGGAGAUUCUUCAUGAGGGACAGUGGGGGACAGUUUGUAGUUUUGGCUGGGAUAUAGUGGAUGCAGGAGUUGUGUGUAAACAGCUGGGCUGUGGAUUUGCUGUAUCAGCACCAAUCGAUGCUCACUUCGGAGUCGGUUCUGGAACCAUCUGGCUGGCUUUUGUUUCCUGCAACAGCUCUCACUCUGCCCUGCGGGACUGUGGGUCAUUGGGGUGGGGUGUGACCUUUUUCUGCACUCACACCUUCGACGUUGGAGUGAUCUGUUCAGGUCAAGGAGUGCGGCUCAGUGGUGGCAGCGAUCUCUGCUCUGGGAGAGUUGAAGUACUGCGUGGGAGCGCCUGGAACACGGUCUGUGAUGCUGGCUUUGACCGGCAGGAUGCAGAGGUUGUCUGUCGGCGGCUGCAGUGUGGAAUUCCUCAAGAGGUGCUGGGAGCUGCUCGUUUCGGUAAGGGGCAGGGUCCGGUCUGGUCACAGGAGAUCCAGUGCAGUGGAAAUGAGCCCGGGCUCCAUGUCUGCCCCACCUCAUCCAGGGAGCAGCCAAGCUGCACACAUGCAAACGAUGUGGGCCUUGUCUGUGUUGGCGGUGGUGAUCUGAGGCUGGUGAAUGGAAGCAGUCCCUGUGCUGGGAGAGUGGAGAUUCUUCAUGAGGGACAGUGGGGGACAGUUUGUAGUGGUGCCUGGGAUAUAGUGGAUGCAGGAGUUGUGUGUAAACAGCUGGGCUGUGGAUUUGCUGUAUCAGCACCAAUCAAUGCUCACUUCGGAGCCGGUUCUGGAACCAUCUGGCUGGCGCUUGUUUCCUGCAACAGCUCUCACUCUGCCCUGCGGGACUGUGGGUCGUGGGGGUGGGGUGAUACCUCUUUCUGCACUCACGCCUGGGACGCUGGAGUGAUCUGUUCAGGUCAAGGAGUGCGGCUCAGUGGUGGCAGCGAUCUCUGCUCUGGGAGAGUUGAAGUACUGCGUGGGAGCGCCUGGAACACGGUCUGUGAUGCUGGCUUUGACCAGCAGGAUGCAGAGGUUGUCUGUCGGCAGCUGCAGUGUGGAAUUCAUCAAGAGGUGCUGGGAGCUGCUCGUUUCGGUAAGGGGCAGGGUCUGGUCUGGUCAGAGGAGAUCCAGUGCAGUGGAAAUGAGCCCGGGCUCCAUGUCUGCCCCACCUCAUCCACGGAGCAGCCAAGCUGCACACAUGCAAACGAUGUGGGCCUUGUCUGUGUUGGGUACAGACUGGUGAAUGGCUCUGAUUCCUGUUCUGGUCGAGUGGAGCUGCAUCAUGAAGGAGUCUGGGGGACGGUCUGCGAUCUCUAUUGGGAUCUGCAAGAUGCCACAGUUCUCUGUCAGGAGCUGAAUUGUGGGUAUGCUGUAGCCGUCCUUGGACAGGCCCAUUUUGGAGAAGGCAGCGACCCAAUAUGGGCUGACAAAUUCAGCUGUGAAGGCACGGAGACACACUUAUCAAAGUGCCCCAUCUCUGCAUGGAGACACAAGCCGUGCACUCAUGUGAACGAUGUGGGAAUUGUUUGUUCUGCACAGGCAGGUCGAGUCCGGUUGGCAGCCGGACCGAGUCGCUGUGAAGGCCGGGUAGAAGUUUACUACAACAGGACCUGGGGGAGAGUUCUCCACGACUCCUGGGGCAUCACAGAGGCUUCCGUGGUGUGCAGAGAGCUGGACUGUGGCUCUGCAAUGGAAGUCUCUAACUCCUCUCGAUACGGGACAGGGCACAGUGAUGUGUGUCUGACAGGCAUUCGCUGCACCGGGGAUGAGUCCCAUCUGAUAAACUGCAGCCUUCCACAGCAAGUCAGCUGCAAUACCAGUAACAGUGCGGCUGUGCUGUGCUCCAAUCACACGGCCCUCAGGCUGGUUGGGGGAGGAGGUGCCUGCGCUGGGAGGGUGGAGGUUUAUCACAACGGCUCCUGGGGGACGGUCUGCGAUGACUUCUGGGACCUGGCAGAUGCUGAGGUGGUGUGUAAGCAGCUCCAGUGUGGGACGGCACUCAACACCUCAGUGUCCUCCUCCUUCGGCCAGGGGACCGGACCCAUCUGGCUGGACGAGCUGCGCUGUCAGGGGAACGAAUCGACUCUGUGGGAGUGUGCCUCAGGAGGGUGGGGGCAACACAACUGCAGACACAAGGAGGACGCGGGAGUCGUGUGUUCAGAGUUCAAGGAUCUUAGACUGGCUGAAGGCUGCUCUGGACCAAUAGAGGUUCUCUACAAUGGCACCUGGCGUAGUGUCUGCAGCAACAGGAUGACACAUAUUACAGCUUCAGUGAUAUGUCAGCAGCUGAACUGUGGACAAAGUGCUGCCAUUAGAGAUGCACAAUCCAGGCUGAGUUCUGAUUACAAAUGGCUUGAUGGAGUGAACUGCCGAAGACACGACUCUACACUGUGGCAGUGUCCAUCCUUACCCUGGGGUCAGACAAAUUGCUUUAACAAUGAGGUGGCUGCGAUUGAGUGCACAGUGAAAGAGAAGCCGCCUGUCACCAGCAUACCCAAGUCAUGCUCUGAAGACCUCACUCAAGAGCACUGCUCAGAGCCAGCAGAGCUGAGGCUAGCUGGAAGCUCAAGUCCCUGCUCCGGACGGGUGGAGGUGCGGUUCGAGGGGUCCUGGGGGACAGUCUGCGAUGACUCCUGGGACCUGAAGGACGCCAAGGUGGUCUGCAGACAACUAGGCUGUGGGGCAGCAGAGAGCACAGGGGGGGGUGAGGCUACGUUUGGACAAGGGAACGGCAUCAUCUGGCUGGACGAGGUGAACUGCAGGGGCAGCGAGAUGCACCUGUGGGACUGCCGGCAUGCUCCACUGAGACACAAUGACUGCGACCACAAAGAGGAUGCAUGGGUUACCUGUGCAGGUGUUCCAACUACUAUCAGCUCUCCAUUGGAAACAGAAGCCUCUCCAUCCAGGCUGCAGCCACAGAGAGACAUGACCAUCCCAGUGAUAGCCUGCAUCGUGCUGGGAGCUCUGCUCUUUGUGGUGUUGGUCCUGUUAGCCGGGCAGCUGCAGCACAACAGGAUGCUGAGGAGAGGGAUUGCUGAGGAGGAGCCUGACCCCUUCCAUGAAGCCGUUUACGAGGAGAUUGAGUACAAACUGGCCAGACAGGGAACCUAUGAUGCGCCCAGGAGAGGUGAGUAAGAGGGGAGGGGGAGUGGAGAAAGAGAGAGCCAACACACACAUCACACUGCCACACAAUCCACAAACAUGACUCAAAGCAGCAGACUUGUAAACCUCUCAUCACAGGAAACACUACAAAGAG